AUGUCGAGCAACGGACGUGUGCUGCUGGCCUACUCGGGUGGUCUUGAUACCUCUACGAUUCUCUCGUGGCUCAUUGACGAGGGCUAUGACGUGAUUGCCUACAUGGCCAACGUCGGCCAGGAAGAAGACUUCGAUGCUGUGCGUGAGAAGGCGCUGAAGUGUGGUGCGAAGGAAUUUAUUCUCGAUGAUAUGCGUCGCGAGUUUGUUGAGGAGCUCAUCUUCCCUGCUGUACAGGCCAAUGCCAUUUACGAGGAUGUGUACCUGCUCGGUACCUCGCUCGCUCGUCCUGUGAUCGCUCGCGGUAUGAUCGAAACCGCGGAGAAGUUCAACUGUGAAUAUGUCUCCCACGGUUGCACAGGUAAGGGUAACGACCAGGUCCGCUUCGAGCUGGCGUUCUACGGCUUGAAGCCUGACAUCAAGGUGAUUGCGCCCUGGCGUAUUCCUAAGUUCUACCAGCGCUUUGCCGGCCGCAGUGACCUGCUGGAGUACGCUGCUUCCAAGGGUAUCCCUGUGACGCAGACCAAGGCCAAGCCGUGGUCGACCGAUGAAAACCUAUUCCACAUUUCCUACGAGGCUGGCAUUCUCGAGGACCCGAACACAACGCCGCCGGCGGACAUGUGGAAGCUCACCCAGUCGCCUGAGAAGGCGCCGAGCGAGCCGGAAAAGAUCUCGAUCGAGUUUGCCAAGGGUAUCCCUGUCAAGCUCACGCUUACGGCGUCGGGAGAGAGCUUCACUGACUCUGUCGAUGUGUUCCUGAAGCUCAACGCGCUGGCCCGCAAGCACGGUAUUGGCCGUGUGGACAUUGUAGAGAACCGUUUCAUCGGUGUCAAGUCGCGUGGCUGCUACGAGUCGCCUGGUGCGACGAUUCUGCGGGCAGCCCAUAUUGACUUGGAGGGUCUUACGCUCGAUCGUGAGGUCCGCCGCAUUCGUGACCAGAUUGUGACGACCAAGUUCUCGGAGAUUCUGUACUACGGCUUCUAUUUCAGUCCUGAGUGCCAGUACAUCCGUGGCUGCAUCCCGCCGAGCCAGAUUACCGUGAACGGCACUGUGAAGCUGAGCCUGUACAAGGGCAGCGUGACCAUUGAGGGCCGCAGCUCCGAUGAGCUGCUCUACGAUGAGAAGUUCUCGUCCAUGGAUGAGCUUGGUGGCUUUGAGCCAGAGCAGACGACCGGCUUCAUUGCUGUGCAGGCCAUCCGUCUCAAGCGCUUCGGUGUCGGUCAGCAGCAGAAGGGCCUCGCGGGUGCAGACAAGAAGACGGCUUAUGCUCUUCCCCCGCAGUAA